AUGCCCGUCGGCUCCGGCGUGCCCGAGUACGCCCUGAACCCCGACGAGCACGGGAACAAGGUGCGCGUCGUCGGGGCCAUGCUCAAGAAGGGCGGGUCCCGCGGCGGCCGCCGCAACUGGCAGAAGCGGUGGUUCGUGCUCGACCCCAGCGGCGGGCGCCUGCGCUACUUCGAGGACGCGCACCUGAACCGGGAGGCGGGCCAGGUGCGGCUCUCCGUGACGUCGGAGGUCGUCGCGGCGACGCCCGAGCUGCGGGGCCGCCACGCGCCCAAGGACGAGGGCGAGGACCCGCUGCGCGCGGCGGCGUCCUUCAUCACGAACGUGAUGGUCGCGUCGCCCGCGAGGCCACCUUCCGGCGCAUCCUCGACCUUUUCGAGGUACCUGGAGCUCCGGGGCGUCUACGACGACAAGGGCCGGCCGCGGCCGCUGCCCUUCGCCGUGCGCUGCUUCAACGAGGACGAGUUCGCCGAGUGGCAGGCGAGCCUGCGCUUCAGCGUGCGGUCCCUCAAGGCCCAGGCGCGGCGCCGCGCGCCGUCGGCGACGCUGCCCGCGGCGGCCGCGCGCGAGGCCCCGGCGGUCCUCGAGGAGGCCGCGACGCCCGGCCGGACGACGGCGCCGCGGGACGACGAGCCCGUCAUCGUCUGCGAGUUCGCGACGCGCGAGCUGGGCCUGAGCCUCGUCCUGUCGCGCGAGCGGUCGCCGCACGCGGACGCCGGCGACGACACGCUCGCGACGGUGGGCCGCACGGUCGUCGUCGUCGCGCGGACCUUCGCGGACCGCGGCGGCGGCGUCGCCCGCGCGCGGCUGCUGCCCGACGACGAGCUCCUCGCCGUGCACUACGACCCGGCCGCGCCGCUCCGGGACGCGGAGCGGCUCCCCGAGGACUUAAGGGUCGACGACUUCAACGCGCUCCUCGCGACGCUCCGCGACACGGCGCGGCCCCUGGCGCUCGUCUUCCGGCGGCCGCCGGCGGUGCGGCCGUCCCAGUCCGCGGCGUCGGAGCCGCCGACGCCGUCGAAGCGGCUCGUCGACGACGACGACGACUUCGAGAUGAUGGAGUUCUUCUGCCUCGACAACGAGGCGACGGCCGCGCACCUCGACUCCAUCGGCUACGGCGAGCUCCUGGCGCGCUGGCGGAGCGGCGGCGUCGACCGGGACACGAAGGUCUACUGCGGCGACACGUGGCAGGCCGUCGGCGACCUGCCCGCGCUCGUCGCGAAGCUCGACGGCGACCGCCGGACGUCCUUCUUCGAGGACCUCCGCGCGCCGACGAGCAGGCAGGACGCGCCGACGGCGCAGGCGACGACGACCGCGACGACGACGACGAGCGGGCCGCCGGCCGUCGCGAGCGCGCCGUCGCCGCCGCCGCCGGACGACGCCGCCGCCGCGGCGACGUCCGCGGCGUCGGGCCUCGCCGUCGGCGUCUCCGUCGGCGCCUCCGACGGCCGCGCCGACGGCGCGGCGAUCUGGGGCCGCGGCGUCGGGUCGGGGGCGGGCGCCGGCGACGGCUCGGGCGUCGGCGCCGGCGUCGGCGACGGGCUCGGCGGGUAG